UUGUUUCUGCCUCUUCCUCCUCUAGUGGCAUUUGGUCAAUGUUUCAGUACAAGUGAUAAGCAUUAGUAGCACAGCCAACUUUUACACUGCCGCAGGUGUAGUUGUGAUCCUCAGGAUAUUAUUGCUCACCCACCACUGGAUCAACAUGUUACGACGGAAACCAUCCAACGCCUCAGAAAAGGAGCAGCCCCAGGUGCAAAAGAAGAAGCUGUCUCUGCAAAGGUCCAGUAGCUUCAAAGACUUUAUGAAGCCAAAGCCAGCAUCACCUGUAGUGAGUGAGGCCACCUUGGAUGAAAGUAAGUUGGAGGGGGCACCACCAGAGGAUUCUGGGAAAAGUAACGGGAAACUGGGAAAGAGAUGGCGAAAUGUCAUAACUCGCACAAUGACCCGCAAAACCUCCAAAAUGGUACAGAAAGCCCUUGCAGAGGAAGGGAAUGAGAGUGGGGAGGAUGGCUCUAUGUCUCCCAUGUCUCCAAAUGACUGGAUGCCAGAUCUCAGUGCUGGGAACAGAAUAUCUGUGUGCUCCAACAGCUCAGAGGACACAAUACACAGCCCUCUCUCACGCCAGCUCUCUGGAUGUGCUGACAGACAGAGUCUGGACAGUGGCUUCAGCCAGAGAGACAGUAUGAGACUGGAGGACAGCACCUAUACAGGGCCCUUCUGUGGCAGAGCCCUAGUCCACACUGACUUCACCCCCAGCCCGUAUGACAUUGAAUCCCUAAAACUGCAGAAAGGGGAUAUCAUCCAGAUUAUUGAGAAGCCACCAGUAGGCACCUGGACUGGUAAACUCAAUAACAAAGUGGGCUCCUUUAAGUUCAUCUACGUCACUAUGCUACCAGAGGAGGACACGCCACCAAAGAGAAAACGAUGCACCAGUCAGGGACAUCGGAAUAAACCCAAACCAAAAAGCCUGCAGGAAGUUCUAGAGAGAAUAGGCCUAACUGAGCUGGGAUCUCUCCUGUCCAUGCAUGGUUUCCAGAGCUUGGAGGAUUUUAGUGACCUGAAGGAGUCCCACCUGAACGAGCUAAACAUUACAGACCCUGAACACCGUGCCAAGAUAUUGAAAGCUACAGAACUUAUUCAUGACUCGGAGGACGAAUCAGAUGAAGAGGAAAAAUCUGAGCAAAAGACUGAAAGGCCACGGGACUCAGGCUGUUACGAGAGCACAGAAAACCUGGCAAACGGGCGUGAGGAGCCCCAGGCGGUAUCCCAGACCGAGGCAGAGAUUGAUCCUGACAUAGAAGUAAAAGCCGUUCAGCAGCAGCUGGAGGAGAUGAAGGUGGAGGAGAGUCCAGAGAGCCAAACGGAGUGAAGACCACAGAAUGUUCUUUUGAUCCUGCUACUUGGAAACUCUGUCAACCUCACCGAUCGAUUGAGGGUAUUUGUCAUGGCCAUGUGCUGGACCAAAUCCACAAAAAGGAAACUAUUUAAGAUGUACAGAAGACAACAGGUCUUCUUAGAAGCUGGCACAAAAUUCAUGCUGGACGUAGCCGUCUUCUCUUUUACGUUAUUGUUCAGAACUUUUUUGAAAUGAUCCAAAAUCAUAAACUGUAUGUGAUAUUCCAUGGAUUAAACUGUAGCUAUGGUUAUUUUACAUCAUAAAAUAAGAAGCAUAUGGUGAUACCCAAAAGUUUUUUUUUUUUCUCAAUAUAGUUU